AUGAGAAAACUAGCACCAAAGACCUACAACGCAACUAAAAAUACAUCACACCUCGCCCACAAAGAUCACCACUCUGGACUGGACAGACCACCACGGGAUAGACCUCCUGAGGAUGGGGACAGAUACAGAUCCAAGCUGGAGAGCAUUAUAAUGAAUAACGUAAUGCAUGACUACUUAACAGGUGGAUUCACUGCAAAUACUAGCUUGGCUCAUUAUUGCCGAGAUAAUGGUCUACUUCUUCACAUUCACUGUGCAAUGCAUGCCGUUAUUGAUAGACAGAAGAAUCAUGAUAUGCACUUCCGUGUACUAGCUAAAGCGUUACGUAUGUCUGGUGGAGACCAUAUUCACGCUGGUACCGUAGUAGGUAAACUUGAAGGGGAAAGAGAAAUCACUUUAGGCUUUGUUGAUUUACUACGUGAUGAUUUUAUUGAAAAAGACCGAAACCGCGGUAUUUAUUUCACUCAAGAUUGGGUCCCUUUACCAGGUGUUCUACCAGUGGCUUCCGGUGGUAUUCACGUUUGGCAUAUGCCUACUCUAACCCCCUAA